CCGACACCACCAUCUAACCUUGGGCACCUCUUUCUUCCUCAUCGAUGGAUACCAAAACUAUGGCGGAAAAGGAUCAGCUGAAGCUCGUCGCGGCCGCGUUAUCCCCCGCCGUCAAUCCAAUCGGCAGCGACGAAGAAGGCAGCGCGGCCACCGGCUGGCGAUUGGUCCGAUAUCUCCGCAAGCGCCGGUUCGUGGUCUGGUGCUGCUGCAGCUGCGGCCUUACCGUCGUCGUCCUCGGCAUCGCCCUCCUUAUCCUGUCCCUCACUGUGUUCAUGGUCAAAGACCCCACCCUCACCAUGAACUCCAUCAGCUUGACGAGCGUCGACAUCCAUCUUUUUACGGCCAAAAGCGUCAUGUCGCUGAACGCGACGCUCACCGCCGACAUCUCGAUAAAGAACCCGAACGUGGCGUUUUUCAGGUUCAGUAACAGCACCACCGAGUUCUACUACAACGGGGAGAUCGUUGGGUUGGCGUACGCGCCGAGCGGCAAGGUGUCGGCCCACCGGAUGGUGAGGAUGAACGUGACGGUGGACGUGCUCGUCGACCGGGCGGUGGCGCAGAUUAACGGGACGUCGAGCCUGAUAACGGGCCGGGAGUUUAUCUUGACGAGCUACACGGAGUUAAAUGGAAGGGUGAACGUGAUAGGGAUUAACAAACGGGACAUAUAUGUGGCGAUGAACUGUAGCAUCAACCUGGAGGUUUCUGCCUUCUCGCAGGAGAUCAGUAAAUCGGUCUGCCUGGCUACCGUCAAGUGAAGGAAGUGGGGAUCCAUAGUUUGAUGAGGGGUUUGGUAUCUAUGUUUGAUUGAUAUCUAAAAUUUUUGUCUUCCCUGCUUCUGUGUUGUUGUUAUAGGUGGUUUGUGAAUAUAUGUGAUGUUUUGGUAUCUGUUGAAUGGUGGCCUGUCUCUGGAUUUCAGUACUACUUUAACGGACAGUAGCACCAAUCAUGCAAGUGGGUCUCAUGUCUGUUGAUAAGCAGCUGUUUUUUGCUUCGAUCAUAUUCCUACGUACUGAUUUUCUAAGU